UAUUACUUAGUAAAAUUUUAGGGGUAUAAUUUAAUUUAAAGUUUACAGCUACAUAUUUUGUUUGUCAGUCUUUAAUACAGCUAUGGCUGUUAUUAUUGAAACAUCGAUUGGCGAUAUGACCGUUGAUCUGUACACAGACGAAAGGCCAAGAAGUUGUUUGAACUUCUUGAAGCUUUGCAAGAUCAAGUAUUAUAACUUUUCAUUGUUUCAUACAGUGCAGCAAAAUCUUGUUGCACAAGCAGGGGAUCCGACAGCUACUGGAAGAGGGGGAGAAUCCAUUUUUAGGAGUUUGUAUGGAGACCAGGCAAGGUUUUUCCCCAUGGAGGAGGUGCCUCGCAUCAAACAUUCAAAAAAAGGUCUCAUAUCAAUGGUCAACAACGGGAGUGAUAUGCAUGGAUCACAGUUUUUCUUCACACUUGCUGACAAUCUUGACUACCUUGAUGGGAAACAUACAGUAUUUGGAGAGGUCACAGAAGGCACUGAUGUGUUGGAAAAACUCAACAAUACAUUUUGUGGGGAGGAUAACCGUCCACACCAAGACAUAAGAAUCUAUCACACAAUAAUCCUGGAUGACCCUUAUGAUGACCCAGCCAAUUUAGACAUCCCUCCUGUAUCUCCUGGUCCUACAGAGGAAAUGUUGAAUAGUGACCAUAUUCCAUGUGAUGCCAACAUAGAUGAAGACAAAGACAAAACAGAACAACAACUGGCUGAAAUAAUGGCUGAGAAAGAGGCCAAAGCUAACACACAGAUUUUAGAGAUGGUCGGAGAUUUGCCUGAAGCAGAUGUAGCACCACCUGAGAAUGUCCUUUUUGUUUGUAAACUCAACCCAGUCACUACCUCAGAUGAUCUGGAGACCAUCUUCUCCAGGUUUGGCCAGAUUGUCAGCUGUGAAGUCAUCAAGGAUUCUAAGACAGGAGAGUCCUUGCAGUAUGCCUUUAUUGAGUUUGGGAACGAAGAAGAUUGCGAGAAAGCCUACUUUAAAAUGGACAAUGUUCUGAUAGAUGACCGACGUAUCCAUGUAGACUUCAGCCAGUCUGUGUCUAAACUAAAGUGGAAAGGCAAAGGUAGAGGAGUGGAGAUUAUGGAAACAGGCGAUGCCCCAAUCUAUGUAUUAAAAAACCAACAGAGACGAAACGAUGGGUAUGAUCUUGUGUAUGAUGAGGAUGUUGGAGGAAAUAGAAAAUCCAAAAAGUCACAUGACAAGAAACAAAGUUCAGACAAAAGGGAAGACAACUCUAAAUUAAGGAGGAGAGAGAAAAGUAGUUCAAAUAGUCCUGUUUCUAAAAAUAGAAAUCACUAUGAUAAAGGAAACAAAAAGAGUUCUUCAAAGGGAGAUAAUAGAGACCAGAAGGAAGACAGGGGAAGGAAUGAUGGCAACUGGAAGAAACAAGAGGAAGAGAAAGAAUACAGAAAUAAAAGAAAUGAGGAGGACAGGUGGGAGGGUAGAGGAAGAAAGCAAGAGAGGUUUGAGGAUAGUGAUGAGAAUAGUGACAGAAAAGACAGAAAGAAAAACAAGUCAGACCAGGAGAGAGAGAGUAAGAAAAGAUCUGGGAGAGACAGAUCAGUAGAGAGUGAGGAAGACAACACAAGACAUAAAAUCUCAAGGAAAGAUAACUCUGAUGAGAAUGACAAGGGACAUCACCACAGUAAGAAAAAGAAGAAAGACAAGAAAAGACAUAAAAAACAAGAGAGUAGUGAUGAGUCUUCAGAAGAUGAUAGAGGUUCAAAGGGAGGUAAAUCAGGCAGCAAAAAUAAAAGCAAAUACUCUUCUGAAGAAAAGACAUCAAAAAAGUCAAAAAAGAAACACAAGUCCAAAAAACAUGAAAGUUCAGAUGAAGAUGAUAGAAGGUAGCUUUGGAGUAAAUAUUGAGAUUUGUUGUUGAAAAGUUAUGGUGUACUGCUCAUUUCAAUCUUGAUUAAACUUUGAACAUACAUUUACCAUAUGUUGCUGUUAUUAUUAAUAAAUUAA